CUCGCUGAGGGGUGGGUCAGGUUCGCUGAGAGUCAGCCUCAGGGAGCGCAAGGGGACUGCACCUGUCACGGAAGAUCGGGACGGGCGGCUCCGGGACAGGAAGGUCCUGACAGGUUCUUCCCCAGCUUUGGGUCCAGGAGGAAAGAGAUCAGACAUGACUGCCACUCUCAGGGCUGCAUCGUGGGCAUUUAGAGGUCUUCAUUGCUCGUCGGUCCCUCUCUCAGCAAGAAUGAGCAGCCAAAGAGCACAUGGAAGCUGUGCCCUUGCUGAGAAAGUGGCUGUGAUCACUGGGUCCACAAAAGGGAUCGGCCUCGCCAUCGCCAGGCGUCUGGCCCAGGACGGGGCCCACGUGGUGGUCAGCAGCCGGAAGCAGCAGAAUGUGGACCAGGCUGUGGCAGCACUGCAGGGGGAGGGACUGAGUGUGACAGGCACUGUGUGCCACGUGGAGAAAGCUGAGGACCGGGAGCGGCUGUUGGCCACGGCCCUGGAGCACAGUGGAGGUGUGGACUUCCUGGUGUGCAAUGCUGCUGUCAACCCCCUGGUGGGGAGCAUCAUGGGGACCAGUGAGCAGGUGUGGGACAAGAUCCUGAGCGUCAACGUGAAGGCCCCAGCCCUGCUGCUGAGCCAGCUGCUGCCCCACAUGGAGAAGAGAGGGAGGGGUGUCGUCAUCCUGGUCUCUUCCAUUUCAGCUUAUAUACCACAUGUGGCGCUGGGUGCCUACAAUGUCAGUAAGAAAGCCCUGCUGGGCCUCACCCGGACGCUGGCGUUGGAGCUGGCCCCCAGGGGCAUCCGGGUGAACUGCCUGGUUCCAGGAAUAAUCGAGACUGACUUCAGCAAAGUGUUGCAUGAGAAUGUGGCUUUCUGGAACAACUUCAAAGAAAACCAUCAGCUGCAGAGGCUGGGGCAGCCAGAGGACUGCGCAGACCUCGUGUCUUUCCUGUGCUCUCCAGAUGCCAGCUACAUUACCGGCGAGAAUAUCGUGGUGGUUGGAUUCUCUUCUCGGCUCUGACGGGGCUCGGGGGCUACAGAGCUGUGGGUCUGGGCCUUGGAGCCUGAGGGUGGGUGUGCUAGGGGAUCAUUGCGGUCUGGGGACAGAAUCCAAAGCUCUUCCAGUCUAGCAAUGUGGAGGUUCGCACAUGCCAGGCUUGAGGAAGAACCUCCAAUAGUCUCAUCCUUGGGACCUUCUGAGUCUGUUCCAUGUUGAAAUAUUACAAGUACAAUCUUACUUUCUAGCCACAAAUCCUGUUCUUCCAUUUCUUUCUGUUUGUUUCUUCUUACAUGAUAAACUCCUGUUCCCUGACCCUCCAUUUUGUCCUAAUAUAUCAAUCCCCCCCUCUUUAUUUCCUCCUUUAAAUAGUCUAGAUUGCACAAUAUAGCACUUAAAUCACUGUUUUAUAAGUGCCUUUAGCUUUUUUCCUCACUGCUUUUCUGCUGUACCCCUUUGGGAGAACACUUGUGCUUAA